AUGGCGGAGCUGAUGGGGCAGCGAGGAGCCGGCAAGGGUCAAACCCCGGUGGAGCAAGAGGAGCGAGAAGCUCAGGAGAGGGAUGCUGAGGAUCAAAGACAGGCUAUGCUGGCAAGCAUUAUGCAACCUGAAGCCAAACAGAGGCUGGCACGCAUCGCCCUGGUGAAGCCUGACAAGGCACGUGGAAUAGAGAACAUGCUGCUGAUGCAGGCCCAGACUGGAAGGCUCACCGAAAAGAUCUCAGAAGGGCAGUUGAUCCAGCUUCUUGAGCAGGUCAAUCAGAGCACCAAGGACAAGACAAAAGUCACCAUCCAACGCCGCAAGAAUGUACUCGAUGACGACGACGAUGCUGACUUUUAG